AUGGAGGAGGGCGAGGAACAAAAAACCCUCUUUGCCUUGGUCUGUACUGCUUUUGCUGUAAGUGUAGUUCCUGACGGUGCAGAAGAUGAGACUGAACUACCAGUGCUGCAGAAGUCUGCAAAAAGUGGAACAAUUAGUAAAAUAAGCAGAGAAUUAAAAGAAAUUGUAUUUAUCAUCCAGAGUCAAAGUAAUUCUUUUCAUUCCAAGAGAGCAGAAGAUCUAAAAAGAGAUAUUUUAAAACAGGCUGCAGAUCUUGGAAAGGAAUUACCUACGGUUCUGCUUAUUCAUCAGAUGGACAAGCAUGAAGGUGCAUGGACAAUAUUACCAUUAAUGAGAGACUUCUCUGUUACCUACAGUAAGAACUCCUCAUGGAUUUUCUUCUGUGAAGAAGACACAAGAAUACAAGUUGUAAAGCUGCUAGAAACACUUGGAAGAUUUGACAGGUCUAAGGAGUGGUUUUUAGGUAAAGCAUUAUAUGAUGAAGAAUCUACAAUAAUUCACCAUUAUGCCUUUGCUGAAAAUCCUACAGUCUUUAAAUUUCCAGAUUUUGCGGCUGGUUGGGCACUUAGCAUUCCACUUGUUAACAAGCUUGCAAAGAAGUUGAAAAGUGAACCACUCAAGUCGGACUUUACAAUAGAUUUAAAGCAUGAGAUUGCCCUGUAUAUUUGGCAGAAAGGGGAAGGACCACAUCUUACGCCAGUGCCUGAGUUCUGCACAGAUGAUGUGAACUUGUAUAAGGUUGAUCAUUGUGCAACAACAUUCAGUAAUUUUCUGCCACUUUGUGGAGAGCCAGUGAAAAAGGAAGAUGUUUUUGUUGCUGUAAAAACAUGUCGGAAAUUUCAUGGUGACAGAAUACCAGUUGUAAAGCAGACUUGGGAAAGAGAAGCUGCCCUUAUUGAAUACUACAGUGAUUAUGCAGACAUCUCCAUUCCUACUAUAGAUUUAGGCAUACCUAAUACCGACAGAGGUCACUGUGGGAAAACUUUUGCCAUUUUGGAAAGGUUUUUGAAUCAUAGCUCUCCCAGAACACCUUGGUUAGUCAUAGUGGAUGAUGAUACGCUGAUAAGUAUCUUCAGGCUCCGAAAAUUGCUCAGCUGCUAUGACCCAAAUGAACCAGUAUUUCUUGGAGAGCGUUACGGUUACGGCUUGGGAACAGGAGGAUAUAGUUAUAUCACUGGCGGCGGAGGGAUGGUUUUCAGCAGAACAGCUGUUCAGAAACUACUUGCUAGUAAAUGCCGGUGUUACAGUAUGGAUGCGCCUGAUGAUAUGGUCCUUGGGAUGUGUUUCAGUGGCUUAGGAAUCCCUAUAACACAUAGUCCACUUUUCCAUCAGGCACGGCCAAUGGACUACCCAAAAGGCUACCUUGCUCACCAAAUUCCAGUAUCAUUUCACAAGCAUUGGAAUAUUGAUCCAGUGAAGGUAUAUUUCACAUGGCUGGCACCAAACACUGAAGAGUCACUUAAUGGAAAGAAAGUUGGAUAUAACAGGGAAGAUUUAUAAGCAGUAGAAGAAUUUAAGUGUUGAUUAAUGUACUGCAGAUGAGAGACAGUCACUACUGUGAUUUUUGUGUUUUCAUGUUCAUCUGUUCAUGACGUAGAAGACAGUGUUUUGUUCCUGCUUGUUUCAUUCAUUCCUUCAGAGCAAUGGAAGAAGGCACCUAAUUGACUUUUGGAUUCUUUGUUACACUUGGUUUCUUUCUAAAAUGUUUUGGGGCUUUGUACACCAAUGAACUCGACACACAUUUAAAAUGUCUCAUACAACUCCAUCUUUGUUCUGGUUCCGUCUUCGAGUCAGACAGCAUCAAUUUACAUCUCCUUCCUUUGCUCUCUCAAAAGCCGAAGUGAGGUAUU